AUGUUUGGAAAGCGAAGGUGGAGACGAGGUAUUGAGAGCCACAGCGCGUGUUUUGUACUCGCCAGCGGCUUUGUGGGGCCGACUGCAGCUGUGGAGGAGGCUUUGGAGGAGGCUGUGGAGGAGGAGGCUGUGGAGGAGGAGGCUGUGGAGGAGGCUGUGGAGGAGACUGUGGAGGAGGCUGUGGAGGAGGCUGUGGAGGAGGAGGCUGUGGAGGAGGAGGCUGUGGAGGAGGCUGUGGAGGAGGCUGUGGAGGAGGCUGUGGAGGAGGCUGUGGAGGAGGCUGUGGAGGAGGCUGUGGAGGAGGAGGCUGUGGAGGAGGCUGUGGAGGAGGCUGUGGAGGAGGCUGUGGAGGAGGCUGUGGAGGAGACUGUGGAGGAGGAGGUGGAGGAGGAGGCUGUGGAGGAGGAGGCUGUGGAGGAGGCUGUGGAGGAGGCUGUGGAGGAGACUGUGGAGGAGGCUGUGGAGGAGGCUGUGGAGGAGACUGUGGAGGAGGCUGUGGAGGAGGCUGAUGAGGCUGUGGAGGAUGAGGCUGUGGAGGAGGAGGCUGUGGAGGAGACUGUGGAAGAGGCUGUGGAGGAGGCUGUGGAGGAGGAGGCUGUGGAGGAGGCUGUGAAGGAGGCUGUGGAGGAGGCUGUGAAGGAGGCUGUGGAGGAGGCUGUGGAGGAGACUGUGGAGGAGGAGGCUGUGGAGGAGGCUGUGGAGGAGGAGGUGGUGGAGGAGGAGACUGUGGAGGAGGAGACUGUGGAGGAGGAGGCUGUGGAGGAGGCUGUGGAGGAGGUUGUGGAGGAGACUGGAGGAGGCUGUGGAGGAGGAGGCUGUGGAGGAGGCUGUGGAGGAGGCUGUGGAGGAGGUGCUGUGGAGGAGGAGGCUGUGGAGGAGGUGCUGUGGAGGAUGAGGCUGUGGAGGAGGUGA